AAAUCUUGUCAAGCAGUAGAAUUCUCAAACUUAUUACAAACACUAUUUCUCUCUCUCACUCUCCUUUAAGUAUAAUAGUUUCCUAGAGAGUUUAUAUAAAUAAACUCGAUAAAACGUUACGGUACGUUAACAACGUUUUGUGAUUUGAUUAUAUUAAGUAAUGGCCGUUUCUUAUUGCGAAAAGAACGACAAUGUUGAGACGGGUCAACCCGUUGUUUCAGCUAUUGGGUUUGAGGGGUUUGAGAAGCGGCUCGAGAUUACAUUCUCGGGCCUACAUGUUUUUAAUGGUCCGUCUGGUAGCAGAUUAGGACUGCGGUCGUUAACUCGGGCUCAACUCGACUCGUUUCUUGAUGCGGCUGCUUGUACUAUUGUGGCUGAGUUGUCCAGCUCGGAAUUUGACUCAUACGUGUUGUCUGAGUCAAGUUUGUUUGUGUACCCACAUAAGAUCAUUCUAAAGACAUGUGGGACCACCAAGUUGCUCUUUGCUAUUGAUCCGGUUCUCAAACUCGCUGACUCAGUUGGACUCACUGUGUCAAGCGUGCUCUACUCAAGGGGGACGUUUAUUUUCCCAAAUGCCCAAGUUGCCCCCCAUAGAAGCUUCUCCGAGGAAGUUAGUUACUUGAAUAGGUAUUUUGGUAAUUUGGCAUCUGGGCCCCAUGCUUACGUUUUGGGCGAUCCGACGGUGUUAAACCGUCAUUGGCACGUCUACUCCGCGUCGUCCACCACUGACGUGGAGGAUCAGACGGCUAAUGUUACUUUGGAGAUGUGCAUGACGGGGCUAAACCGCGAAAAGGCCGGUGUAUUUUGCAAAAAGGAGGGGCAUUUGGCUAAGGAAAUGACCAAAAUGUCCAAGAUUAAUGAAAUCAUCUCAAGUCACGUGAUUUGCGACGUUGAUUUUGAUCCUUGUGGGUACUCUAUGAAUGGUGUAGAUGGCGGCUCUUACUCGACCGUGCACGUGACCCCCGAAGAUGGGUUCAGCUACGGUAGUUACGAAGUCAUGGGGUGUGACUCGAGUUCGGUCCGGUUCGAGCCAUUGGUCCAGAGAGUGCUAAGGGGUUUUGAACCGAAAGAGUUUUCUAUCGCUGUCACGAGUUUUGGAGAUGGUGUGGCACGUGAUUGGGUAAGCGAGAAGAGCGCUGACGUGGAAGGUUACACGUGCCAGAGUGUAGUGAAACAAGAGUUGCCAGCUGGCGGUUUCGUCUUAUAUAAGACGUACGAGGCCGUUGUACCAACGCGUGAGGCAUGCGUGCCUAAAUCAAUCAUAACUUUGCCUUGUUGGAAAACGGAAGUUGUAGAAGUGGCGGGCGACGGUGACGAGAUGGCGGCUUACGGCCGUGUUAUGGGUGGUGGGUUCUUAGGAUGGGAAAAUGCAAUAAUGAGAACAGCUUCAUGUGCAAACGUCAUAGAUAGUCGUCAAAUAAGUCUAGUUGAGUUUUUUUAUUCAUUUUUCUUUUUUUUGGGAUUUAGAAUUACAAGAGCUCACUAGCUAGAAUAUAAAAGAUCGUGUGCGUAAUAGUCCGCUCGCAUGCAAAAGAAUGAUUGUACAAUAGCAACUCACUCUUCACUCUUGGGUUGUGCUUUUGUGUCACCUCUUUUAAUUAGGUUUUGUUUUGUCAUAUUCAAUGACAUUUAGUAAUUAAGAGAUAUUCUUUUAAUUUCGUAUUAAUUAA